CUUGCCCGGAGGUGGGGAUCCGGGAUCCGGAAACACCUGAGCUAUUCUCGGUCUUGUUUGUUUAGUGCACAAGGGUCGUAUUUUCCGUCUGGAUCUGAUGUCCAGGGUAUGAGGUGUCUUCUCUCCCGGCCUCCUGGAGCAGCCUGGAGGUUGCCGCACUCUGGGCCGCGGCCUGGUGCCCUGUCGUGAGGGCCCCCAUUUCUUCCGACCAUGCCCGCGGCCGCUGCCCCCAUCAUAAGCUCCGUCCAGAAGCUGGUUCUGUACGAGACCAGAGCUAGAUACUUUCUAGUUGGGAGCAAUCAUGCAGAAACAAAAUAUCGUGUUUUGAAGAUUGAUAGAACAGAACCGAAAGAUUUGGUCAUAAUUGAUGAUAGGCAUGUAUAUACUCAGCAAGAAGUGAGAGAACUUCUUGGCCGCUUGGAUCUAGGAAAUAGAACAAAGAUGGGACAGAAAGGAUCCUCUGGGUUAUUUCGAGCUGUUUCAGCUUUUGGUGUUGUAGGUUUUGUGAGGUUUCUAGAAGGCUAUUAUAUUGUGUUAAUAACUAAAAGGAGGAAGAUGGCAGAUAUUGGAGGUCAUGCAAUAUAUAAGGUUGAAGAUACAAAUAUGAUCUAUAUACCCAACGAUUCUGUACGAAUUACUCAUCCUGAUGAAGCCCGGUAUCUACGAAUCUUUCAAAAUGUGGACCUAUCUAGCAAUUUUUACUUUAGUUACAGCUAUGAUUUGUCCCACUCACUUCAAUAUAAUCUCACUGUCUUGCGAAUGCCCCUGGAGAUGUUAAAGUCAGAAACAACCCAGACUCGCCAGGAGAGUUUCGACAUCUUUGAAGAUGAAGGAUUAAUUACACAGGGUGGAAGUGGAGUAUUUGGGAUCUGCAGUGAGCCUUAUAUGAAGUAUGUGUGGAACGGUGAACUUCUAGAUAUAAUUAAGAAUACUGUGCAUCGUGACUGGCUGUUGUAUAUUAUUCAUGGGUUCUGUGGACAGUCAAAGCUGUUGAUCUAUGGACGACCAGUCUAUGUCACUCUAAUAGCUAGAAGAUCCAGUAAGUUUGCCGGGACCCGCUUUCUCAAGAGAGGCGCAAACUGUGAGGGCGAUGUUGCAAAUGAAGUGGAGACUGAACAAAUACUCUGCGAUGCUUCUGUGAUGUCUUUUACUGCAGGAAGUUAUUCUUCUUAUGUACAAGUUAGAGGAUCAGUGCCUUUAUACUGGUCUCAGGACAUUUCAACUAUGAUGCCUAAACCACCUAUUACAUUGGAUCAGGCAGAUCCAUUUGCACAUGUGGCUGCCCUUCACUUUGACCAGAUGCUUCAAAGGUUUGGCUCCCCCAUCAUCAUCUUGAAUUUAGUGAAGGAACGAGAGAAAAGAAAGCAUGAGAGAAUUCUGAGUGAAGAGCUUGUAGCUGCUGUGACGUACCUCAACCAGUUUUUGCCUCCUGAGCACACCAUUAUUUAUAUUCCUUGGGAUAUGGCCAAGUACACCAAGAGCAAGCUGUGUAAUGUUCUUGAUCGACUGAAUGUGAUUGCAGAAAGUGUGGUGAAGAAAACUGGAUUCUUUGUAAACCGCCCUGAUUCUUACUGUAGCAUUUUGCGGCCAGAUGAAAAGUGGAAUGAACUAGGAGGAUGUGUGAUUCCCACUGGUCGCCUGCAGACUGGUGUUCUUCGAACCAACUGUGUGGACUGUUUAGACCGCACCAACACGGCACAGUUUAUGGUGGGAAAAUGUGCUUUGGCUUAUCAGCUGUACUCCUUGGGACUGAUCGACAAGCCUAAUCUACAGUUUGAUACAGAUGCAGUUAGGUUAUUUGAGGAACUCUAUGAAGAUCAUGGGGAUACCCUGUCCCUUCAGUAUGGUGGUUCUCAACUUGUUCACCGUGUCAAAACCUACAGAAAGAUAGCACCAUGGACCCAGCACUCAAAAGACAUCAUGCAGACCCUGUCUAGAUAUUACAGCAAUGCUUUUUCAGAUGCUGAUAGACAAGAUUCCAUUAAUCUCUUCCUGGGAGUUUUUCAUCCCACUGAAGGGAAACCUCAUCUCUGGGAACUCCCAACAGAUUUUUACUUGCAUCAUAAAAAUACGAUGAGACUUUUACCAACAAGAAGAAGUUACACUUACUGGUGGACACCAGAGGUAAUAAAACAUUUACCGCUGCCUUAUGAUGAAGUUAUCUGUGCCGCGAACUUAAAGAAGUUGAUAGUGAAGAAAUUCCACAAAUAUGAAGAAGAGAUUGACAUCCACAACGAGUUCUUUCGACCAUACGAACUGAGUAGUUUUGAUGAUACCUUUUGCUUGGCUAUGACAAGUUCAGCACGUGACUUUAUGCCUAAGACCGUUGGCAUUGAUCCAAGUCCAUUUACAGUGCGUAAACCAGAUGAAACAGGAAAAUCAGUAUUGGGGAACAAAAGCAAUAGAGAAGAAGCUGUGUUACAGCGGAAAACAGCAGCCAGUGCCCCGCCACCCCCCAGCGAGGAGGCUGUGUCCAGCAGCUCUGAGGAUGACUCUGGGACCGACCGGGAAGAAGAGGGCUCUGUGUCUCAGCGCUCCACUCCAGUGAAGAUGACCGACACGGGAGACAGUACCAAAGUGACUGAGAAUGUGGUCCAGCCCAUGAAAGAAGUAUAUGGAAUUAACCUCUCAGAUGGUCUCUCAGAAGAAGAUCUCUCCAUUUAUUCAAGAUUUGUUCAGCUGGGUCAGAGUCAACAUAAACAAGACAAGAGCAGCCAGCAACUCUGUUCCAGGUGCCCAGAUGGAGUUAUAAAACUAACCAUCAGGUUGAAUUUAUUCCCUAAGUCCACGUCAUAAUAAGAAGCAUUUACUGACCUGAUGGUGAAUGCCCACAGGUAAGGGUUUCUAUUAGGGAAAGGGCUUCACAAAUCACAGGGUACUUUCAUCUCAUCACAUUUUCCCACUGAUGAGAUGAACAUGACACAGUGGCCAUGAUUAAUUCAGCUUUGUUUUCUUUUCGUGACUCGUUUUCAAUGCUGUGUUCCCUAUGUACGAGUCACUCUCUGGGGUCCCCCCGCACUGAUUUCAUCUAGUCCUCUGCAGACAGUGCUCUGGUCUCUGUGCUGCAGGCUAGUAAGUAUUUCUACCUUCACGGGUAACUCUUGUUAUCUUUCCUAAACACCCGUAGUACAGUCUCUAAAGGUUUAAGGAUUUAGCGCAGUUAGGAGGCAGUGAUCAAUGGUUAAUCAGCUAAUUCCCUCCACAGGCAAGAGAUGAGAAAUGACAACACUCCUCAGCCCAAGGAAACUAGUCUGUGACCUCUUCCUCACCCCAGAAAUUACCACGACAGUCUUUUUUCCUCUUUCGUUCUCUUCUUUUUCUUUACCCUCUUUGGCUUUUCCUUUUUUACCUUUUCUAUUUCCAGAUCACCCCUUUCUGUUCACUCCUUCCCCUUCUGUUUCUUUUUACUUUACCUUCUUCUCUCCCUCACCAUCCUCUCUCCAUCCCUCCUGAGUAUUUUUAAUUGUUUUUUCUUUGUAAUACAGUAAUCUCUCCAAAACAGAAGUUUCCCUUAUGUAUUUCCCUCAUAUCAAACUAUUAAUUCUUGACUCAUUAGUGAGCCAUGAAGUUAAUUGAGUGGGCCCCCACACAGCGAAAUAAAAUAAAACCAAGCUGAAACCAAAAGAGAGUUCCAGUGCAUGGUGAAAAGUAUAGUUGUCUUGUUUAGUGGCAUUUUAUUUCUCUGCAUAAAUAAGCUAUAUAUAUUGGUUUGCUGUGCAAAGUGCAUUUCUUAUUGUAGGUAACAGUCACAGGUUGGAUUUAUAUGAAUGCACCUUUUCUAGAACCACAUGACUUAAAAAAUUUAGCUCAGUUCCUGGCAUGUAGGUAUUUAAUAAAUGUUUGUUGAUUGAAUGAAAGUGUGUUUGAGUGAUUUCUCUUGGGAAUAAUUAGAAACAGAAAAGAGAGGUCAGCAAGACAGAAGAGUCAGGAAGAGAUGAGAGAGUAUUCUGUGGUAUAUCCAUCAUAGGUAAAAUAAAUGCAGGCCUUGAAAAAUAUACUCUCGUUACUUAAAAUGAAUCGAGAGCUGGGAUGGGCAUGUAAGGGAAGGAAGUGGCAAGAAGCCAAAGCUGAAAGAACGGAAGAGCCAUUACAUAUUUAGAUAAAAUGAAUGCCUCUUUAUUGGAAUAUUACCUACAAUAGCGUCUGUAUACUAUGUUAAGAUGAACUUAAUGGAGCAAGGUGAAUUUGUUGAAACUUUCAGAGAAGGCUAUCCUGGAAGGUUUCUAGCAUAUAAAGAAUAAUAAAUGUAAAUUUAAUUGUAAGUACUUGAGUUAUUAACUUAAGGUAUCAAAAUGCCUUUACUAUAUAUUUUUUAAAUGUUUAUUUUUGAGAGACAGCAAGUGGGGGAGGGGCAGAGAGAG